CUACACAUUCAGUUCAAGCCAUAACGCACGCAGGACACGAUUUCGAAUUGUCAACGCGUCCAAAAACAUUCCUAAGGUCUCAUUGGCUGUGAGUCAACAUGGACUUCCAAAACCGCGCUGGAGGGAAAACGGGCGGAGGGGGCGUGGCCUCCCAGUCAGAGUCUAACCGCGACAGGAGAGAGAGGCUGAGACAGCUUGCCUUGGAAACCAUUGAUCUCAAUAAGGAUCCUUACUUUAUGAGGAAUCAUUUGGGAUCUUAUGAAUGCAAGCUUUGUUUGACGUUACACAACAACGAAGGCAGUUACUUGGCGCAUACCCAGGGCAAGAAGCAUCAAUCUAAUCUAGCUCGUCGAGCAGCAAAGGAAGCCAAGGAUGCACCUGCCCAGCCAGCGCCGGAGAAGUCUCGGGUCGAGAUCAGAAAAUUUGUCAAGAUUGGGAGGCCAGGAUAUAAAGUUACGAAACAGAAAGACCCUGAUAAUGAUCAGCAGAGCUUAUUAUUCCAGAUUGAUUAUCCCGAGAUAUCAGAAGGAACCUACCCCCGUCAUCGCUUCAUGUCGGCUUACGAGCAGAGGAUAGAACCCCCAGAUAAGAAGUGGCAAUAUCUCCUCUUUGCCGCCGAGCCGUAUGAAACCAUUUCAUUCAAGGUUCCUAGUAGAGAAGUAGACAAGAGUGAGAACAAGUUCUGGACAUCAUGGAACAAGGAAACGAAACAGUUUUUCCUACAGUUUCAUUUCAAGAUGGAGAUCAAGCCGAUGGUUCCUCCCCCACCCACCCCCAGUGCCCUUAAAGGAGCCCCUCAUAUUGGAGCGAACCCCCCUGUCCCCCCGACACCCCCAGCUGGUAUGCCUCCACCGGGCAUGCCCCCCGGUCCACCCGGAAUGCCACGCCUUCCUCCACCCCCCAACAUGCCCAUGCCCCCACCCCCUCCCUUCCCCAUGCCUCAUGGCAUGAUGCCGCCCCGCCCGAUCCCUCCCCCAAACUCCAUGCCCCUCCCGCCGCCCCCGGUUCCCCCACCCAGCGCCGGAGGCAGCGGCCCCAUGCCGCGGUUGCACCCCCCUCCUCCCCCUCCACCCAACAUGCCCCUCCCACCCCCAAACAUGGGGGGCAACCUUCCCCUACCCAUCCCCCCUCCACCCCGUCCCCCAAGCGCCGUCUCAUCAGGCGGGGUGCCUAACUUCCUGCCUCCCCCUCCGGCCCCUCCCCCGAUGCCCCCUCCUCCCAGCAUGGAUCUACCAACAUCGACAUCGGAAGACAAGACUUCAACCAGCGAAACCUCAUCAUCAUCAUAGUUUAAAGCUUUUAAUAAGUUGUGGUUGUUCUGUAAAAUACCUAUUUUCAGUUUAUUCAUUGUCAGAUAAAUCUUAAGAGUUUAUUGUAAACCUCUUGCUGUGUGAAAGGCUUGAUCUAGACAUGAAAAUUAUGGGUGAAAUUUCAAAUUGAAAUGUACAAAUUCAAAUCA